CUGGGCUCUCCUCGCGCCUCCCAGUGGGGCGGGGAAGCUGCCCGGGCCUCCCCCUCAGCUCCGCGGUGCCCGGCCCCGCCUUCCCUUUCCCCACAGCGGUAGCGCGGCUGCGGCGCUGCUCAGACCCGCCUGGCUCCGGUGCUUGGGCUGCGGCUGGAGGGGCCGGCUCCGUGCCGUGCCCGGGCGCAGGGAGGCUCCCGGGCCAUGCCGGCCGCGCUCGGCGCCCUCUGGCUGCUGCUGGCCGCCGCCUUCCUCGGCGCGCUGCUGCUGGAGCUGCUGCAGGCCCCACGCGGGCGGCCCGGACCCGGCCUCUUCCGGGAUCUGCUCCGCUACGGCAAGACCAAGAGCGGCUGCGGGCAGCGCCCAGCCUGGCUGCGGCUUCUGGAUGUGCCCAAGAGGUGGUUUUCUCACUUUUAUAUUCUUUCUAUGGUCUGGAAUGGCUUCUUGCUCCUAUUGCUUAUUCAAGCUUUGUUCCUAGCAAGACCUUUCCCGAUAUGGCUUCAGGAUUUGCUCAGUGCUCUUGGUGGAGCUUUGCAGAACCAGGAUGUGGGUGACAAACACCUGUCUGCCCUCUUGGUUCUCAUGCUCCUGUGGCUACACAGCUUUCGAAGGCUCAUAGAGUGCCUCUGCAUCAGUGUUUUCUCCAGUGGUUUCCUUCAUAUCGUACAAUACUGCUUUGGGCUUGGGUACUAUAUUCUUAUUGGCUUAACUGUCCUGUGUCAAGUGCCGGCUAAUGUCAGCAAUGAGAAGAACCUCUUUAUGCAAAUCUGCUGGUACCAUGGCCUAGGAAUUAUUAUGUACAUUUGGGCCUCUGUUCACCAACAUAGAUGCCAUGUGAUUCUAGCUAAUCUUAGAAAAAGUAAAUCAGGAAAGGUAGUAAACUUGAGCCACAGCAUUCCUUUUGGAGACUGGUUUGAGAGAGUAUCUUGCCCACAUUAUUUUGCUGAACUCCUAAUAUAUGUAUCCAUGGCCAUCACAUUUGGAUUUCAAAACUUAACCUGGUGGCUUGUAGUGAUGUAUGUGCUGUUUAACCAGGCAUUGGCUGCAGUUCUAUGCCAUGAGUUCUAUGUGAACAACUUCAGCUGCUACCCAAAAUGUCGAAAAGCAUUUAUACCAUUUCUUUUUUAGAACCUUUAUUUUUGUUAAAUAUGUCUUUAAUGCAACCUGUGAAAUGCUGUCUAAAAGGUAACGGAAGACUGAGGUUCUCAGGAGUAUGUGUAAUGAGACUGUCACAGAAGCUGUGGUGAAACAAUACUUACUGUCUGAUUCCAGCUCAAAGCUACACAGGAUUUUAGUGAAUACACAGACUUUAUCACUAAAUCAAAAUGAAACUUUUAAAAAGUAUCUGCAGUAUAUACAACCUGAACUGUACAUAGUAUUAAAGACCUCAGUUAAAAUGCAA